AUGGUCCAAGAACUGCGUUUCGACAACCAGACCGUGGUGGUCACUGGUGCCGGCGGUGGCCUAGGCAAGGCUUACGCCGUCUUCUUUGCAUCCAGAGGUGCCAAUGUCGUCGUCAACGACUUGGGUGGCUCGUUCAAAGGCGAGGGUGCGGACACAAAGGCGGCCGACGUGGUGGUGAACCAGAUCAAGAGUGCCGGUGGUAAAGCCGUGGCCAACUAUGACAGUGUCGAGAACGGUGACAAGAUCAUCCAGACCGCCAUUGAUAACUUUGGUCGCGUCGAUGUUCUCAUCAACAACGCCGGGAUCUUGAGGGAUGUCAGCUUCAAGAACAUGAAAGAUUCUGAUUGGGAUCUGGUCAACGCGGUACAUAUCAAGGGCGCAUACAAGUGCGCAAGAGCUGCGUGGACACACUUCAGAAAACAAAAGUACGGCCGAGUAAUCAACACGGCCUCCGCGGCGGGCUUGUUCGGCAGUUUCGGUCAAUGCAAUUACUCGGCAGCGAAGCUCGCCCAGGUCGGGUUCACCGAGACCUUGGCCAAGGAGGGCGCCAAAUACAACAUCAUUUGCAAUGUCAUUGCACCCAUUGCCGCCAGUCGAAUGACUGCGACGGUCAUGCCCCCCGAUGUCCUGAACAACCUCAAACCUGAAUGGGUGGUUCCCCUUGUUGCAGCAUUGGUUCAUCCUUCCAACACUCACGAGAGCGGCUCGAUCUUUGAGGUAGGCGGCGGCCACAUUGCGAAACUGCGGUGGGAGCGUGCAAAGGGACUCCUUCUCAAAGCCGACACCACCUACACGCCAGGUGCUAUCUUGAAGAGAUGGGAUGCCGUCAACGAUUUUUCCGAGCCUGAAUACCCUACUGGUCCGGCAGACAUGGUCUCAAAACUGGAAGAUUCGCUCAAGAUGGGAAGCAAUGAUCCCGGUGAGGAGAUCAGAUUUGACGGCAAAGUGGUCUUGGUGACCGGAGGCGGUGCUGGUCUCGGUCGUGCAUACUGUCUGGCAUUUGCCAAACUGGGCGCUUCCGUUGUGGUCAAUGAUCUAGUGAACCCUGACACCGUUGUCCAGGAAAUCCAGAAGCUCGGUGGAAAGGCGGUGGGAAACAAGGCCUCCGUCGAAGAUGGAGAGGCCGUCGUCAAAACCGCCAUCGAUGCAUACGGAAGAAUCGAUAUCCUCGUCAACAACGCCGGCAUACUUAGAGAUAAGGCUUUCGCCAACAUGUCAGACGAGCAAUGGGAUAUCAUCCUGGCUGUCCACCUCCGCGGUACCUACAAAGUGACCAAGGCCGCUUACCCCUAUAUGCUCAAGCAGAAGUAUGGCAGAAUUGUCAACACCACCAGCACCAGCGGGAUUUAUGGCAACUUUGGCCAGGCCAACUACGCGGCCGCGAAACUCGGCAUUCUAGGUUUCUCCCGUGCUCUGGCACUGGAAGGCCGGAAGAACAACAUCUUCGUCAACACGAUCGCACCAAAUGCCGGCACAGCGCUCACUCGAACAAUUCUUCCUGAUGAGCUGGUGCAAGCAUUCAAACCCGAGUAUGUCGCGCCGCUUGUGCUAUUGCUGUGCUCCGACAAGACUCCCGACCCACCUACUGGUCUGCUCUUCGAGGUCGGCAGUGGCUGGCAAGCCCGGACAAGAUGGCAGAGGUCUGGAGGUGUGGGUUUCCCCAUCGACGUCCCACUGGCUCCUGAGCACGUGGUUGGGAAAUGGGCGAAGAUCGUCGACUUCGAUGAUGGUCGUGCGGAUCACCCCGAGUCCCCUCAAGACGGCCUCAAGGCUAUUAUGGCCAACAUGGAGAACAAGAGUGAGCAAUCUGCAGGCUCCAGUGACGACAAAGAUUACCUUGCAGCAAUUGAGAAGGCGAAGAAGGCCGAGUCGAAAGGUACGGUAUACAGCUACGACGACCGCGACGUCAUUCUCUACAACUUGUCCUUGAACGCCCGCAGGACCCAGUUGCCGUUGGUGUAUGAGAACGAUGACCACUUCCAAGUGCUGCCGACAUUUGGCGUCAUCCCAUUUUUCAAUGCAGAAUCGCCAUUCAACAUGGAUGAUGUUGUGCCCAACUUCUCACCAAUGAUGUUACUCCAUGGCGAACAGUACCUGGAAAUACGGAAGUAUCCGAUCCCGACAAAGGCGAAGACUGUCUCCUUUCCCAAGCUCAUUGAAGUCGUCGACAAGGGCAAUGCUGGCAUCGUCGUCACUGGUGUCACCACCAAGGAUGCAAAUACCGGGGAAGAUUUGUUCUAUAACGAAUCCACGGUUUUCAUCCGCGGAUCUGGCGGAUUCGGAGGCCCAAAGAAGGGUGGCAACCGUGGAAACGCCACCGCGGUCUACUCACCGCCAAAGCGCGCCCCGGAUGCCGUUGUCGAGGAGGCAACCUCGCCAGACCAGGCCGCUUUGUAUAGACUCAACGGCGACCGGAAUCCUCUUCACAUCGACCCCGAGUUUAGCAAGGUGGGUGGCUUCAAGGAGCCCAUCCUUCAUGGACUUUGCUUCUUCGGCUUCAGCGGCAAGCACAUUGUUCAGACCUAUGGUCUGUUCAAGAACAUCAAGGUUCGCUUUGCGGGCACUGUCAUCCCCGGACAGACCUUGAUCACGGAGAUGUGGAAGGAGGGUAACAAGGUCAUCUUCCAGACAAAGGUGAAGGAGACAGGCAAGCUGUGCAUAGCUGCCGCUGGUGCAGAGCUGCUUGAGGGUCCCAAACCGAAAUUGUAG